CAGCCAUACUGCCUGAACAAACUGGAUAGGUUCCAACACACCCGUCAGAUACCAUAAUGUCCAUUUUCACAGCUGAGGGAGAUUCGGAAAAAAUAUUUUCUGCUGCAAUCCAACCGGAAUUGGCUGCUUGUUGGUCAAAGAUCCUUACAACUGGAUUAUCAGCAGAGACGAAAGAGACUCUGAUCAAAAAAUACCUCCCCCCAGAAAAUUGUCAAGAACUUCAACCCCCCUUAAUAAAUCCAGAAGUCAAGAGAGCUUCACCAGUAAAUGCUGUCCGUCGGGAUGAACGCAUAGCACGUCUUCAACAACAAGUUAGAGCAGCCACUUCAGCCAUUUCUCUUUUGAUCGCUGAAAUGCUAAAAAAAGAGGGAGGGGCAAAUAGGGAAUAUAUAGAGUCUCUCAAUGACAUAGGGCGGUUACUAUGUGAUGUUCACCAUAAUGAAACCGUCUCACAUAGAGAACUAAUCUGUUUGAAUUUGAAUAAGGAUUUCAAAGAAACAUUGAAAGACGUCUCCCAUUGGAAAAUUGCUUUUUGGAAGCGAUUUAGACUCUACAUUGAAAACAGCAAAAGAACUUGAAAAGUCUACUGAACAACUGAAGGUUCAUAAAAAGAAUUACCGCCAACCAAAUCAGGGAAACUUCAAACGUCCAUCUCUGUCAAGGAGGGAAACCCAACAGAGUGGACGCAAACUUCAUGUUCCUACCAGUCACCAAAGGAGUUACCAGUACAACAAGUCUCGUCGACAUCGACCCGGAAGGCAGGACCGACAGAGCGACAAGAGAAGUCGACUUCAAUCUUAGAGACGACUUCAGUGUAGCAGAGGAGAUGCUUGACGUUAUUCCUCUCCAUGGUACAACCAAGGGUACAGAUAUUCUUGAAGCUGUGAAUAAGUGGGUGUCAGGCUACGGAGGAUUUGAUAAAUGUUCCUGUAUUGUCACUGAUGGCGCCAGAGCUAUGACAGGGACUGAAAUUCGAUUUGCAGGACUAUUGAAACAAAACAGCAUCAACUGUCCUAUGAUACGAGUACAUUGUAUUGUUCACCAAGAGAGCUUAUGUGGAAAAUCUUUACGUCAAAUAAAUGUCAUGAAAGUAGCUGUUAAAAUAACUAAUAUUGGUAGAGGGGCAAUCGUGCUUUGA